AAAAAUCAACAGUUCAUUUCUCGGUUCAACUUUGAUAGAUACCAACUAAUCGUUCCGUACUCUAUGAUCACUUGACUGAGGAAUGGAAAGUAUGGCGUGCACAAGGAUCGGUAAAAUUGUCGAAGCCUGCAGUAGCAGAAGUAAAGUGAAUAUUUUAGGGAUACUAGCAAGAAAUAAACAUGAUGUGACCACGGAUUCUGCGAAAAAAGUUACUCACACUGGUCAGUUGUACGAGGAAGAUGAUUAUCGUAAUGCACGAUUUGUUGAUAGACCGAAAGAAGUUAAUGAUAAUUGGGCCAUUAAAUUGAUAGCUGAAGUUCCUCCAAAUCCAACUAAAGACAAAAUCGUUGCUUGUGAUGGAGGUGGUGGUCCCUUAGGUCAUCCUAAAGUUUAUAUUAACUUGGAUAAACCUGGUAAUCAUAGUUGUGGAUAUUGUGGUUUACGUUUCUACAAAGAGGAUCAUCAUUGAAUCAUAGAUUAUAUCAGAUUCAAUAGUCAAAAUGUAAAUUCUGUAUGUGUUUCAAUAUACAUGUUUGUUUAAAUGUUGAGAAUGUAAAUAAAUGUCAAGACAUAGAAUAAAAGAUCA